CAUGUAGUUAAUACAGUCCUUAUGGCUCUCAUGCUCUUUGCACGCAUAUGUGUUGCGAGAAAUUGUUCUUAUUCUUGUAUGAUUUAUAUGAACGUUAAUACAUCACUAUAGAUCUUCCAAAAUGAGUCGAUUUUUUGCUAAUGGCUCAGAUUCUGAUUCUGGUAGUACUUCUGAAGAAGAGCAAGUUCAGCGAGUACCAACUACAGCAUUUACUUUCAGCGAUGAAGAAGAAGAAACUAAACGCGUUGUACGCUCUACCAAGGAGAAAAGAUAUGAAGAAAUUGCUAAUCUUAUUAAACUCAUAAGAAACUAUAAAAAAAUCAAAGAUAUGAGCAGUAUGCUCUCCAGUUUUGAAGAUUUAAUGCGAGCUUAUCAAAAAGCUUUGCCAGUAAUAGCGAAAGAGGAAAGUGGCCAGACACCACGCUUUUAUAUUAGAUGUUUGGUAGAAAUGGAAGAUUUUAUCAAUGAAGUAUGGGAAGAUCGUGAAGGACGUAAAAAUAUGUCUAAAAACAAUUCUAAGUCUUUAACUUCCUUACGUCAAAAGCUUCGGAAAUACAAUAAGGAUUUUGAAGAAGACCUUGGCAAAUUUAGAGAAAAUCCAGACCAAGAUGAUGAUGAAGAUGAUGAUAAAGGUGAAGAAGCUAUGGAAUCAGAAGAAGAAGAAGAUAGUGCUCUUUUGUUCAAAAAAGGUAGUUCAGAAGCCAGUGAACCUGACAUAUCCAAAUUUAAGAAGAGUAUGCCUGAUACUGAAGAUGGUAGUGAAAGUGAAACCGAUUGGGGUAGUGAUACCGAGAGUGAAAGUACUAGUAGUGACGAUGAGGGUCAAUAUCAGAAUUAUCGAGAACGCUUUAUUAAAAAAGCUGCAGACAAAGAAGAAGAUGAAGAUAAAGUUAAGCGAAAAGAACAGAGGAAAGAACGUAAAGAAAAAGAACGAAAGAAGAAGAAAGAUGAAGAUGAUGGUGAAGGAGAAUGGGAGACAGUCAAGGGUGGUGUAGCUAUUCCUUCAGAAAAACCCAAAAUGUUUGCUAAAGAUGCCGAAAUUAAUAUUUCUGCCGUUUUAAAGAAACUUUCUGAAGUAAUUGCAGCUCGUGGAAAAAAGCGUACUGAUCGACGUGAACAAAUAGAAUUAUUACAUGAGUUACAGUCUAUUGCUGAUGCGCAUAAUCUUGGGCCAGCUGUAGCAGUAAAAAUUAAAUUUUCCAUUGUUUCAUCUAUUUUUGAUUAUAAUCCUAAAGUAUCUGAUGCAAUGAAACCAGAGUAUUGGUCUAAAAUAUUAGAACGUAUAACAGAAAUGCUGGACAUGUUGUUGGGUACAUCAGAUAUGAUGAUCUCUGAAACUGUCUCAGAAGAUGCAGAGGAGUAUGAAAAUCCUCCAUAUAAAUUACAUGGUUGUGUUUUGACAUUGGUAGAAAGACUUGAUGAAGAAUUUACUAAAUUAUUGAAAGAAUGCGAUCCACAUAGCAAUGAAUAUGUAGAGAGAUUAAAGGAUGAAAAACAAGUUGCAUCUAUCAUAGAUAAAGUUCAAGAAUAUCUUGAAAGACAAGGAACCGUGUCGGAACUUUGCCGAGUUUAUCUACGUAAAAUUGAACAUCUCUACUAUAAAUUUGAUCCCAAUGUUCUUAAGCAAAUGGAAGGAGAACUUGGACCGGAAGUAGUUACAUCUGUACAAAUGAUGGAGAAACUUUGCAGAUAUAUAUACUCUCACGAUAACACUGAUAGGCUGAGGACACGAGCUAUUCUUUCCCAUAUUUAUCAUCAUGCGCAUCAUGAUAAUUGGUUCCGUGCCAGAGACCUUAUGUUGAUGUCACACUUACAAGAAACAAUUCAACAUUCCGAUCCUGCUACUCAAAUAUUACAUAAUCGCACAAUGGCACAUUUGGGAUUGUGUGCUUUCCGUCAUGCAAAUAUUAAAGAUGCACAUAAUUGUCUUGUUGAUCUUAUGGUGACUGGAAAAGUAAAAGAGCUUUUAGCACAAGGUUUGCUUCCACAACGACAACAUGAACGAAGUAGAGAACAAGAAAAAAUAGAAAAGCAAAGACAAAUGCCAUUUCACAUGCAUAUUAACUUAGAACUUUUAGAAUGUGUUUAUCUCGUCUCAGCUAUGCUUAUUGAAAUCCCAUACAUGGCUGCUCAUGAAUUUGAUGCAAGAAGAAGAAUGAUAUCAAAAACUUUUUAUCAACAAUUAAGAUCAAGUGAACGUCAAUCAUUGGUUGGACCUCCAGAAUCCAUGAGAGAGCAUGUUGUUGCAGCAGCUAAAGCAAUGCGUAAUGGAAAUUGGUCAGCCUGUAAUAACUUUAUUAUUAAUGAAAAAAUGAAUGCAAAGGUUUGGGAUUUAUUUUAUCAAGCUGAUAAAGUGCGCUCAAUGCUUACAAGAUUAAUAAAGGAAGAAUCAUUGAGAACUUAUUUAUUUACAUAUUCACAUGUUUAUGAUUCUAUUUCAAUGCCUAAACUCGCAGAAAUGUUUAAAUUAAAACGAUCAGUUGUCCAUUCCAUCAUUAGUAAGAUGAUUAUAAAUGAAGAAUUAAUGGCUUCUUUAGAUGAUCCAACAGAAACUGUUGUGAUGCAUCGAAGUGAACCUAGUCGUUUACAAUCACUCGCAUUGCAACUAAGUGAUAAAGUAAACAAUUUUGUAGAUUCCAAUGAACGUAUAUUUGAAAUGAAACAAGGAAACUUCUUUUCGAGAGGAAAUCAAGGAAACUUCCGUGAUCGUCAAAAUUAUAAUCGACAAGGACAAGAUUGGGGAAGACAGAGACGCGAUCGUGAUCGUGAUCGUAAUCGAGAAGAAAAUCGAAAUUAUUGA